AUGGCGCAGCGGUCCCUACACUUCCCUGCAUACGUGGCGCAUCAAAUCUUUCUUUUUGUUUUAUUUGACUCGGUAGCGAUCAUCCAUGCGGGCAGUGGACUCUCCGGUCUUCUAGGCUCGCACUUGCAGCCGUAUGACUUCUUUUACUACAGCGGAGUGCGUGCGUAUUUUGAAGGCGAGUGGGUGAAAGCGGCAGAGCACCUGGAGAAAUCCCUUCUCACCAAAGAUUUACUGUUUAAAGUUCGCAGACAGUGCUAUGAGGAGUGUGAGACUGCGGGGGCAAAUGCUUUUCACAACCUGGAUGGUGCACAAGGAAACUUAUGGGAUCUGUGGGCGCUGGACUGGGUGCAGCAGAAAGCCGAGUGUAUGAAGUUUUGUUUGGGGAACUCUGUUUCUUCUGCUGCUCUGCAGCCGGUCUCCUCUGACAUCGAAUAUGAGUUUUCCUAUCGUAAUCCCUACAACUUUCUCCAAGUCACGUACUACAAACUGGAAAAGCUCCAGAAGGCAGCAUCAGCAGCUCACACCUACUUUGUUGCUAAUCCCAGUCAUUUGGAAAUGAGGAACAACAUAGAAAAAUACAGACGGAUGGAUGGAGUGACUGCAGAUGACUUUCAGGACAGAGAAGCUGGUCACGAAAAACACUGGGUCUUGUAUGACUCGGCGCUGCAGCUGGAGGCCUCUGCGGACUGGGCGGCGACUGUGGAGAAGUGGGGAGAGUGUGUGAGCGAAACUCUGCGUCAGACGGAGGAGUGCCGCAUUCAGUGUGAAACAGCCUCACAGCUUCUGCCCCUCGACAGAGGAGAGGAGGGGGGCAUCCACGGAGCGUUCGAGAAGGCCGCAGCCCGUUGGAGCGGGGCCUCAGACCCGUCCUCAACUGUGACAUGUCUUGACUUGCUGAAGGCUCUGUGGCCUGGUGGACAGGACCACCACCACCAGGACAGCGGUCAUGGCCCUGAACCCUGUGGCCGGCCUGACUCGGCUCCUGGGAGUGUGUCAAACAUACUACAGCGUGGAUGGCAGCCUCCGCUCCCCUCCUCACAGCUGGUGGGUGUGGGCUGCUUUGGGGGCAGGCUGCCUGGGCCUUCUGCUCUGGGCACUAAUCCUCCUAAUUUACAAUCAGAGGACAAGUCGAAAGUCCCACAGCUGCGGCGAGACACUGCACAAAGCAGCCUCUGCUCCAGUCUAAGUGCCUAA